AUGGAUCCAGAUCAGCACUAUUGGAAAAAAUGCCAGUGUAUUUCCCUAUUUAUCCAAGCCUCUUUAACAUGUGCAGUACAUCAUUUUUUUUUUUUGGAAGAAAGAUUUUAUCAUAUUUUCGAAAACAACAUAUUCCCUAAUACGCUAUCAUUACGAGCUAUGAAACACCUUCCGCUGCUAUCCACACUUUACCACGAUAGAAUAUGAUUGGCUGUCAUACAAACGAGACUCCAAAGUGUUGGAAUACACGGAUAUCAUACUGUAUUGAUACUAGUAUUGUGGAGGUUCACGAUACUUGGCGGUUGAGCUAGCAAACUAGCAUCAAGAGGUCUGUGUGAUUCUGGAUACGGACAGCCACAAUAGGGGUACUCGGGUAUAAAGCUACACCCCCAAGCACCAUAGUUAAUCAAGCAAUUCUUCUGCCGCAAUUCCUCUUCUACUUGUCGAUAUCUAUCUUUGGUUUACAACACAAAGGAUCCCACCUGAUAACGAGUGAUUCCCCAUGCCUAGACCAACGAUAAUCCCCGACCGCCCAAGUCCACUCGCCAAAACCGGGAGUCCGUCCACGGGGGCAUAAGCCGCUAGCCGAGGCACGGCAAUCGCUCUCCUCCCCCGGCAUCCCUGAGGACGGGAGGAUCACGUCGAUAAGCCGUCCGGGGACAUCAGAUAUCCCCAGAAACUGGUGUGUCCUCAGUUGUGCCGAGAAGGAAGUGUGCAAUCCUUGCCGCACAGCACGAGCAAGGUGCGUGCUGAAGGGUAUAAGCUUUCGAUCCUGGCGAGUAGUAUAAUGUUCCAAGGGCUCGCUCGGUCGAGUACCGCUCUGCCGGUUGCAAGGGCUCGUCCCCGCCUGUGGCGGGUAGGGAUGUAGUCUAUAGCUUGGAGCAGGAUUGCAUGUAUCGUAUCGUACCGUCUCGCAGCGGGCCCGUUCUGCGCUAUAGCACUUGAGGGAAGGUUAGGGUUAAGCUCUCCUGAGUGGUUCCUGAAGAGCAUGAUUCCCCCCGAUCCUCCUCCUGCCGUGCUUCACGGGUUGUUCGGUAGCCAUGAUGACUCAUUGUGAGGGGGUAGGUAGGUAGGUGGGUAGGUAGGUGGGUACUUACCUCGGUAGUAGGUGGAUUUGGGUUUUCUUUUUUUUGUAUAGGGAGUUGUGUUAUUGAACGUUGGGGAUGGUAGAGUAGAGAAAUUAUUAUAAAUGCUCAUCAAUGAAGUCUAACGUCGAAACUC